AUACAAAAGGCGUGAAGGCAAUCAAAGGCGUGAUUAUAAUUGGUCUGGGAUUUCUCUGUAUUGUCAUGUUUCUGGCAGGAUGUACUAGAUGCUGUGCCAAUGAGAGCAAUAAAUUUCGGAUAAAUUCUAUAGUUUUUGGUUCGGGUGUCGUUGCAAUCAUUGCAGGUAUUCUAAUUGGAAUUGGACCUAUCUUGUACUACACUGACGUAAAAGAGGAUUACGAUUUUGAGAGAGACGAUCUUGAGUGGUGUUACUGGACGGCCGUUGGUUCCGCUUGCGCUGCCAUUGCUGCUGGGAUAAUUGGAAUUCUGGGAUGCCUUUGGAGCUUCCGGUCAUCAAAGAAAAUGAAACUGGACGAUUAGCGAAAUUUUAUUAAUAAACAAAUAUUACGUCAAAUGUAUUGAAAUAUUUUUUUAAAUUAUAUUAUAAACACAUAUAUCUGUCUCUUCGAAUCUAUUUUAGUCUGUUCGUGAGUAAAACGUAAUCAAAAUACUCGUUUUGUUUAGUGUACAUGUAUAUAUGACUUUACAAGUGACAUUUUCAUAUACGAAAAAAGAAACAAAAGGGCCAAAAUAAGCGAUGUAUCAAUUGAUAUAGUAAGUAUAAAUGUUAUGAAAAUGUGAUUAUACAUCUCAGUGUAGGCAUCUAUAUCUAUUUCUUUCAUUUUAUUAUAUAUAUUUAUAUAUAAAUAUUUUUAUGUGCGUCUUAAAAUAUCAGUGUACUUUUUUAGAUUGAAUUGAGAGAGGUGAGUUAGUGAGUGAGUGAGUGAGUGAGUGAGUGAGUUGGUGAGUGAGUGAGUGAGUGAGUGAGUGAGUGAGUGAGUGAGUGAGUAUUUAUCACAUAGAAUGCAAAAAUGUAUAUACUAGAAUUUAUAUUAAAAAGCAAAGACACUCGACCUUUCAAUAAACAAUUCACAAUUAGAUACAAAAUACAGUUCACAAAUAUACAACGUCUAUUGGACGAGGCGCUAGUUUCCAGCAAUUUUGUUUGAUGGCCUCAAUUUCACACCACCAUUUUUUUAAAAAACAUUUAGACAGAAUUUUGCGUUCAGUAAAAAAAUAGUUCAUUGCAGACGGCAUUAAAUAAUUAAGUGGUUAUUUAAUUAAACAAGAAUAAUCAACGACAUCAGGCAGAUUUACUCUUAGUACAAUAUAGAUUUUACGUGGUUUAUUUUGGCGUCUAGAUAAAGUGCAAUAUGGAAAAUGAAAACGAGGCUUCGAUUAUGAUUUAUAUUAAAAGGUCACAUGGAUCAAACACUGGAACUUCAUUGGGUGUUAAAUUAAUAUGUGAUUUCCAUAUUUUGCUUUAUUAACAUCGACGGAUUCUACUUUUCAAAUCAAUAUCAUAACGGGACUGCAGCAAGAGUUAUUGUUUAAUAAUUAAUACUUAAGGCGGAUAGUCGAGAAUUACAUACAUUGUAUCACACUUUUUAACUUUCGAUCAAAAUGAUUUGACUCUGAAAAAAAUGUUUUGAUUUAGCAGUUUCUUAACCUGAACGCACGUGAUCUAAUACAGUACAAGAGGGUAAUGCUGCUGUAUCAUUAUUUUAUUAUAUAAUAUUGAAGAUAAGCAAUAUUAUUAAUUUAUUGAACACUC